AUGUCGCAAGCAAACGGCAUUUCGUACGGCGUAAGACCAGAGGAUGAUGGAUCUGAUAUGGAUGUUUCAUCUGAUGAUGAAGGCCUUUACAUGUAUGAACCUCUGCCCAGCGACCCUCAAGAGCAAAUUCAAUGUUCGAAGCAAGAUCAACUGCAGCAUGACUCUCGAGAGCAGCAGCAACCUCUAUCGACACCAUCAGGCUCCAAAUCCAGUUCAUCGCGUUUGACCACAAUUACCAAUUGCUGGACAACAUUUGUUGAUAAAGUGGCACAGCAUCAAGCCCCCAUUGCUACUAGAGACGGAGCUUCCGACACUGAAUCAACGAGCUCCUUUUAUACCGCACCAAAUUCACCUAUUGACUUGACACUGGACGACGAUCAGGGUGCUGAUAUGGAUCGACAACAGGCUACAGACAUCAUUAAUGAACUUGUCAGUGAGCAGGAUAAAUUGACUCAGGAACUCGAGCGCAUUACCAACGAGGAGAAGAGAAUAGCUAGCUUAAUCGAGGCAAAGAAAGCAAAAUUAGAGGCAGUUAGAGUGAGGCAAUUAGAGCUUCAAGUACGCAAAUCGAUUCAAAAGAACAGAAAAGCUGUAGUCACUCCAGUAAAAUCAAAGAAGGGGAAAGAAAAAGCAUCCCUUGACAAACAGUUUCGCAGCUAUAGUAGUUCAGAUGAGGAGGACACACAGCAACGACCUAGGAAAGCAAAAGCAGUUAUGGACCCUACUAGCGGACGGCCAGAGAGACGGCCUGUGGAGGAACCCGCAAGAGCAGAGCCAAAUGUUGAAUUUGUUAAGGAGCAGGAGGCACAGGUGGAGACAAAGGAGGAUGUAGUAAAGAAGACUGAUGAAAAUCAAACACAACGUGAUGCAGUGAUUGCAGAGAGAGAGAAAGUAUCCUCACUUAUAGCUGCAUCUAACAAGCCAUGCAUCGCGAAUAUUGCCAAGCAGAACAAAAGCACUUUGCAAGCAAUCAGACGCAGUCAAAAGCUGGGCAAUACUUCUGUGGGCCAAAUGAAGAUGUUUCUGUGCGAUCUUUAUGACAAGUUCUUGGAGGACGGAACACUGUCAAGAGUACAAAAAGUCCACUACAAAGAGCUAGUCAGACAGGUGUCAAGGUAUGAUGCGUUUGGUGACGACCACAUCCCCGGAAGAGCUACACCAAAGAAGGCCAAAAAGCUGGAGCGAAAGGUGCAGCCUGAAAAGUACCAUAUGCUGCCCAAUGAGUUUUACGGUCAUCCCAAAAAACUGGAUUUUAGAAAUUUGAAAGUCGACAGACGCAAGCUACUGGAUGCUCUCAGCUGUCCGCAAAUCGAAUCACCUUUUAUACUAGGCAAGGCUAGAAAAUUACUAGCAAAGGGGCCAACCGAGCUUAAGUUGUCUGAUUUCGAGGGUGUUAUUGGCCCUGAUGGUAAAGUGAUAGAUAAGGAAGAGCUUAGAAUGCAUAUGGCAAAUCGAAAGAUCAAUCGAUUACUUGCUUUGUACCAGGAAGUAAAAAGCAAUGCUUACCUUGCAGCUCCAAUGUCAAUGGGUCAGAGAACAAGACAUGAGUAUGACAUGGCUCAGCGCCGACUUGAAGAAUCCGUGAUGAGAGAGACUGGUACUAUCUCACCUGAGCCCUCAACUACUGAAAAUCCGCUCGUCUCUGAUAAUUCUACAGCUACGUUGAACCCUGUGAUGGUAUCGCUGGCACCUUCCUCCAAGGCAGUGGAAUCAAAGCCCAUCACAACUAUUACCUACGUUCCUACUGAAACAAGCUUUAUACGAAGUAUAUUACCCGGUGGACGAGAGCCAACCAACUCGAUCAAGCAACCUAAAACAGCUCAAAAAGCCAAGGCUUCUCAGCAAUCCAAAUUACCACCUCCGCCCAAAGCAUCAAAAGCAUCCAAUGCGAAGCCUGUCUCUUUACCAAAAGCUCCUACAAAAAGCUCGACACAAGCUUCAGCUUCAGUGCAAAUACCUACUAUACCAAAGAAUUUCUCACCAUCAGGGUUAUCGGAUAAUCUCUCGCUGUCAGCACCAAACACACCGUCUUCAUCACCCACCUUAUCCACAACAAACACAAAUACAAUCCAUCCACAACCAAGUGCAUCACAAACCCCACCACCUCAACAAAAUACAUCUUCUACAUUUCAACCAUACCGUUCUGCAUUGAAUUCCCUUGGCGUUACCCGUAGCGUGGAUGUGAGACCCGUGAAAAGUGGUAUCUUGUGUCGUGCUGAAAGCAAUGGUGGUGUUUGUAAUGAUAAAUCCUGUUGUGAUAUGCACUUUACUGAUUUCAUAAAUAAAUAA